UUAUUCAAAGAGAGGUGAAAAUGUUUCUUCUGUACCAUUACUAUGAACUAGCUUUGAGUGCCAAGCAAGGAUGAAAGAAAGUUCUGAAAAUUAAACAAUCAUUCUGUUGUUGGAAGUUUAUUUUUAAAACAUGGAGGAAGGAGAAGAGCUUGAUGUUGUGGUUUCUAACUGAUGUUCAAAUUUUGGUAUCAGGCACAUCAAUUGUUUGAGACAUUAAAAUGUGAAUAGUAAGUUCUCUUUCUCAGGCUUGUAUCUGGAAUCCAUCUUCCCAUGCAAUGCAAAAAUCAAAGCAGGCUUUCUUGUCUAAUAACAUUUCUUGGUAGAGGCCAACGCGCUGCCUGCCUUGGCUGUGCUGUGAUUUGCUGAGGAGUGAGCAGUCAGUGUUAGCUGACACUCAGUCCUGAGCUCUACCUUACUCUGCCUCUCCCAAACCCUUACAGGCUUCCUGGGGACCUAGCCUGUGCUCUCUCUCUGAGCUUGUGAUGGGCCAAAGAUGCAAUGUACAAACGGGUUACAGAGUUUGAAUCUACCCUACUAAGACAGCGUUUGCUCUUGGGUUUAUGCUGUGUGUUUGUGCUACGUAUGGCGCCUUCCCAUUUCCUCUGAAAGCAAACCUUUUGCUGACCUGCCUUAUGGUGUAGUCUCUUAUUUGAAAUGAGAACAUUCUGAUAGAGUAAUUUGAUUCAGGAAGACUGAUAGUUUUAAUGGUGUUAAAACCAUUAGCUUUAAUCUCUCAACCUUCACCCUCUUUUACUACUGAGGUGUGUUGGCCCCGGCCGGCAGCCACUCACCCACACAGCUGCUCGCGCACUUUGGAAAUUUAACUUAAUUUAUUGCCAUAAUAUAUUUGGUUGCUGAUUCAGGUACUGGGAAGCGAUGAAUACAAACAUUAAAACAUCUUUCCUUCCUCUUUCCCAGGCUCAGCUGCACUCCAGACACAUCUCCUCCCUUCUUGUUAUCUCCACAGGUUACGCUCAGUCCCUUUGGCGAGGCGAUGAGUGGCACAGGGGGUUGGGGUCAGGACGUAGUGGUUUCUCUCUACCUCUCCUUGUUUCUCACCCUUUUCUUCCUUCGCUGCUUCCUUCUUACUCAUUUGCUCUGCACUAGCAUGGUCCCUCUGUGGGCCACAGUCCCUUUGGGGGUGUGCGGGCUCAGUCAUGGUGCACCUCCAGCUCCUCUGACCUUGUUUCUAUCCCUGUCGACUUGUUCCCUUGUGCCCUCCUUGUCCCCUCUGGUGUUCCAUCUCAGGUUUGUCUCCUCCCCUUUGGCAUUUUCUGCCUUUUCCUCAGUAUGUUUUCGCAGAGGCGUCGCCCACGUGGCUGAUGGGCUCCGCUUUGGCACGUGGUGCGUCUGUUGCAGAGCCCGCUGGAAUUGGCCGUGACCAGCACAGGUCAGCCUUGACCUCCUUCACAGGGGCCACCCCUGCGGUUUCAUGACCGGGAUGAGUGGGGAGCACAGGAGGCCAGAACUGUAACUGCCCAGCUUCAGGUAGAGAUAAAGGAGUAGGCAGGUUAGAUUGCAUCAUCAGAGGGCCUGUUAGGACAUCAUUUAUCAAGAAGAAACCCAGGAGCGAUCUUGAAGCUCAUUCAUAAUUUUAAAUCCAAUACAUAUUUCUACUUCAGGAAAGAACUGAACCAUGAAAUCUAUGCUUUUCCAUGUUGCAAAGGAAAGUUAACUGUAUGUGGAAGCAAAGUUAGUUUUGUAAUCGUAAUUUGGCCUGAAAUCCAGUGCUGAGUCACAAUUUGAUGUUUUAAGAGCACAGUUGGUGGUUAAUUUUCCUUUAUAAGCCCAAGUCACACCAGAGAAAUGCUACAAAAUGGAACUUGUAGUUCAAAAAAACCACAUACAUGUAUUAAUGUAUUUCAUGAAAAGGCAGCUUGCAUCUGAAACCAGCAGAAAUCAUUGGUGCUAACAGUGGCUUCAAACUGCUUCCACUCAGCAUUCAUAGCCAGGCUAGUUUUUGACUAUGGUUCUUGGUUGAGGGAGUAUAGAUAAAUAUUGUAAGAGGUAAUUGCUAUUUUACAGCAGUUUCAUGGCAAAUGCUGAGGAAAUUUUGUAAAACAUGCUUCUGAAAGACUUGGCUGCAAAGACCUAUGGCACAGGAUGGAUUACGUCAGCAAUAAGAAGUUUUGUACCGGAAAACAUGGAGUUCUCAUCCUAUAGGAUGCAACAUCACGGCUUGUAGCUGGUCAGAAAGCAUGUGGCAAAUUAACAACUACAGCUUGUCUGAAUCUUUACUGAAUACUUCAGUGAAUGCUUUAGAGCUGGGCCUGGGCUACAAACAUGAGCUUUGAAGCAGACUUCUGAAAUUCCCUCAAACUCUUAUUUUGAGGUCUAGUUUGCUCUGCUUCUUACACUGAGCUAAGCUAUGAGAUGAAACCUCAAAGUCCACUGCAGUCUGUAUGGGACACAUGAGGGAUGUAGGUUUUUGCCCUAGACAUACCAUACCAAUGACAGAUUUGUUAGGAUGUGCCAUAGCCAAAAGAAAUCUCUCCCAGUGCUUAGAAUCUGCACAUUUUGGACAAUAGUUAAAACAUUUAUUUUUAUUUUAUAUCAGUAUAAAUCAUCCUUCUUUUGUGCAGAAUGAAAGGCCAUGCUAGCAGUUUACUAUACCUUUACUCUCAAAAAAAAUCCCUAGCCAAAACACUUCCCUAAAAUCAGCUAUUUAAUGCAGCCCCUUUGCCAGCCCAUUGCUGUGGGAACUCAGUCUUUCAUUUAUUUAUGAAACCAGACAGAUUCUUGUCUUGCAUGUGGAGCUGAAAUUCUAGGAUUCAAGUUCUGAUAUCUAAAUAAUGAGUUUUCCUGACCAAGACGUACUGGGCCAGGCUUUCGAAGAUGCGCUAGAAGUACUGCAGCAGCACUCUGACAGAGAAAUGCAGUGUUCACCGGGUUAUAAAAAUUGCCUGACUGUGAUCAACCAUCACCACCACCUCCGAGCAAGUCCCAGCUACUCUGCAGCACCAUCUACAGAGGACCCAGGGUAUAGCUGGAGAAAUGUGAUUACCAGUGCAGCAGAUUUUUAUGCAGAUGAGACCGUCUACCAUACGCUGCAGAAUACUCCAGAAAGCCAAGUGAUGCAUGCUGCUGCUGGCCAGCCAAAAGCAGGGAAAGGUAGAAAAAAACUUCGACUGUUUGAGUACCUGCAUGAGUCUCUGUAUGAUCCAGCUAUGGCAAACUGCAUCCAGUGGGUGGAUAAGCCCAAUGGUGUCUUCCAGUUUGUCUCCAAAAACAAGGAGAAACUUGCAGAGCUGUGGGGCGAAAGAAAGGGAAACCGCAAGAUCAUGACAUAUCAGAAAAUGGCCAGAGCACUGAGGAAUUAUGGAAGAACAGGUGAAAUCAUUAAAAUUCGAAGGAAGCUGACAUACCAGUUCAGUGCUGUUGUUUUACAGAGACUUGCUCCAUCUUAUUUCUUGGGAAAAGAAACAGUUUAUCAUCCGUACAUUCAGUCUAAUCAAGAAUAUCAGUGUGCAGAUGACUGGAUCAAUUACAGUAAUUACAUGUAUAACAAUGGUUAUGCAUUACAGCAUGCUAACAGCUAGACGUAUCUUUUACAUAAACAGGUCUUUGUUAGCUAGCAAUACUUUCCAGCACAGGAACUCUUCUCUGUACAUAGCUUUUCCUUUAUGAUAUCAUACAAACACACAAAGAGGAGGGUUUUAAAAAUGAUGUUGGCCUAGUUUUGUUCCUUUUGAAGUUAAUGAUAAAUGUUCAUUGACUGUUAAAGAAAACCAGCAGCUGUAGGGCACAUUCUAUUUUCUGUGACAUUAAUCAGAGGAAUUACUUCAGAUUCAAGCUGGUAUAUCCAAGAUCAGGAUCAAGGCUUUUGUCUGUUAGCAGACAUCAAAGAUCCCAUCCUGAAAACACUCAUUGGAAGUUUUAUUCAACUUUCCAACAUUUCCAAUCAGAAUUUAGAUGCGGUUGUGCCACAGCACAUGGACUCCCUAUCAGUUGGGUGCACUUGAAUUAGAAAAGGAAGAGAUUUGCCAGCUGCACGAAGCUACUGUCUGCUUUUUUAAUCAAUAUGUUCUUUGUUAAGAGACAUUUUCUGAGUGAAUGGCUGGCUGAACGACAGAGUCCACGUGAAGGUGCACCUGUUGGCCAAGUUGUUAAUCCUUAAUCACUUAAAUUAACAUAUCUUAGCACAGAUCCUGACAUAUGGUAUUAGGAUUGCCAGGUGCACGUUUCACUGUUGGCAGUGGAUUCAUUAGGAAAGUGACCAUACCAUGAGAGGGUUAGUGAAGGAUUAUGCUUUUCAUGAAGUUAUUUACAGUUCUUCCUCCACUAAUACGAGAAGCUGAACUUUUAUCCAGCAGUUCUGUACUCACCUAACAAACAUAGCUUUGUUAUUUAUAACCUCCUUUGGAAUUACAACUCUCUCUAUAUAAAUACAAUUUCACUUUUCCAGCUCUUUUCCUACAUGGGAAUGUAGCUGAAAGGCUCAGUGAUUUUACAUUCUCUUCAUGGGGAAGAAGGACUAAAUUUAGGUAAAAAGAAAAUAUUAGAUCCUUUAUGCCAGGAUGAUACCCAUAAAUCUACUUUUUCUCAUACUUCUCUUACCUGAUCAACUUGUAUCAUCAUAUGAGUUAUCUGUAGUGCCAAAAUACUUCCAUUCAACUGCAUUAAAUUCCAAGUUCUGUAUUUUCCUUCAAGUCAGUGCAGGUCCAGAUAUUAAUGAAGACAAAAUUAAUUUCUGUGGCGAGGUAUAAAUGGUGGCCUGAUAUGUUUGAUGAAAUUCACUGACUUCGACAGUUACCCCUUGCUCUAACUCCUGCUUACUUGUACAGGGAUAUAAUUUUAUGUAAUAAUCACAGUGCAACACACUCAAGCGAAAUUCAAGGUUUUGAGUUAAGUUUUGUUAAACAAAAGAUGUGUGCUCUUAGAAAUCUGAAGUGUGUUAAAUAGAACUAAAAACAGACACAGAUGUUAAGUCAGUAAACAUCUGCCAAAAUGAGAAGGUCAUAACUGUGUUGUUAGUAUUUCGAGUGUAGUGUCCUGUCAAAUGUAAACAGUACUACAAAGCAGGAACAAGAAUGCCACCGGUCUUACAGAACUGAAUCUGGAUCCUGCUGUAGCACUGAAUGCAGUGGGAAUUUAACUCUUACAAAGGAGUGAGGUCUUUCAGUUUAGGAUACCUUCACUAUGUGAGCUCAUACAUAAAUACAUUUCAAAUGUCAUAAUGUACAUAAAUUUGCCAAGAAACUGCACAGUUUAGUUCCUCCACAUCUGUCAUGCAUUGCACACUGACUUUAUGUUAUUUACAAGGCUGGUGACAUACACCAGGUUAAGAGUCUGCUUUGUGUAAAAUGCUUACUUUACCAAUAUGUUUAGAUUCUCUUUCCUCACCCUCGUCUACUUGUUAAGGAAAUAAAUACUUAUUCAGA